AUGUCACGACCUCUAAAAGACAAAACAAACAGAAAAAUAAUCAAAGAAGGUGAUUUUAAGAAAAAAGGCGAUAUGGACGACAGAGAUAAGGUUAUAGCAUACAUUGAAAAUAUAUUAAAAGAUUCCAAUGAUCCAAAUUUAAAAUACGACUUGAUGCAGUGUCAAACAAUUUUAGAGGGAAAAGAAAAUCAGGUGUUUGCAGACACCAAGGAAGAAUUUAUAAAGUUAUUAAGAGAGAAUGAUAAAUUAAUGGAUACAAAUAGAGAACUUACAUUUAAAAUUGAUUGUUUAGAAGAUGAAUUAGAUAAAUUUAAUUGUUCAAAAGAUCUCACUGAAAAUUAUGAAAGUAAUGAUAGUGAUUUUAAUAUUAAAAGAAGUUUAUCUUCAAAAGAAAAAGAGUUUAAUGAUUCUGAAAGUUAUAAUUAA